AAGAAAAAUUAGUUAUCCAAGGCGUUAGGCUUACCUGUCAUGGGCAUAAUCUCGCCGCCGAUAAUUGAAUCUCCGGCGAGUUAGUAUCGCCGGCGGUAUUUUCGGAGUAUGUAAUUAGGCUUUUGAGACUGUUCAUGCGAUGAGGAACUGAAUCCUUAUCUGCCAUUUUAAUUUCGUCUUGGUUUAGAGAUUGUGAAUCGCCAAGGCUUGGGUUUUUGGUCUUUGUGUUUUCUUCCUCUUUUUUUCUCGAUUCGUUUGAUUCAGCGUUUCUGGUUAGUGUCUCCAUUUACCUUAACACUGUCGACUAGCUCUUCCCGGCGAUGCCACGGAGUUCUAGGCACAAAUCGAGGAAGCACAGCUUUAGGGAUUCCCGAGACUACUCUGAUCCGGAGAAAGAGUCAUACUUGAGAGAGAGGAAGAGAAAAGACGAGAGUGUUGCUACGGUCUCGAAAGAAUCUGGUUCCGGUGAUAAACGUAAGCUUGAUACUAAGGAGCACUAUGAUUCCAAGCGUCACAAAGAAAAUGACGAGAGAGGAGAGACUUCGAAGAAGUCCAAAAAAAGAAGUAGGAAGCGUAGAGAUUCUAGUCGAAGGGAAAGGAAAGAGUUUGACAAGGGCCGGGAUAGCAAGUAUAAAGAAGGAAAACGUGAAAAGCUUUUUGACGGUGAAGAUCAUCAAAUUGUCCCCGGAAAAGCUGACCUGAAGGCUCAAGAAUUAGAGACUCCAGGUUUAGAAAAUUAUCUUGAGAAGCAAUCACGGGGUAAGAAGGAAAAUCAGGGUAUUGGUCACAAGCAUCAAGGUGACAUUGGUGAUCUUAGUGAUAGGGCUUUCACUUCUGGAGAUGACUGCCUUGAACAUGGAAUACAGACGGAAGAGAAAUGCAGGGAUAAAAAACGGGUAGACACUGAAGAAGCCAACAACCAGUGUGAACGUGAUCGUUAUCAUGAGCGGGACUGGGAUCGUGGUCAGAGUAGGAAUCGUGACUGGGAUCAUGAUAGCGCCAGGACCCGUGACCGAGAAAAAGAUCACAGUCGUGACUAUUGUCAUAAUCGGAAACGAUGUAAAAUUGACCAUGAGCUUGAAAGAGAAAGUGAUUUUGAUGUGUCUUACCUUGAUCAAACUGGUCAGUAUAAGGACUGCAAGGAAAGGAGGAGAUCUCCAGAUGAUCAAGAUGACGUAAAUGACAACAAAUCCAGGAUCACCGCUGCUCAUACUGAUAUGGACACUAGAGGUAGCAGAGGGCAGCGUGAUGGUGAUAACACAAGAUCUCAACGUCAACCUUCGAGUUUGGUGGCUCAAGAAGAAUGCGGGUAUGUCGAUCAAAAAGCCAAAGGGCUCUCUUCUAAGCAGGCAGCGGAUCUGUCGGGAGUCUCAGAGGGAUGCUCCAAUAAUAAUAGAGUUUCUGAGAACACAGCAAAGAUGGAGGAUGGUUCUGUGGGUGAGUUUCAAGUUGAAAGGUCUUCUGAUACGAAAGCGUCACCUCGACCUUUGGAGCGAAGAUACAUAAACUCGACUGGUGCAAGUCAGAGUGUUGAAGUUGAAGUAACAGGUCAAAGGAAUAUCAGUAGAGAUUUUCUAGCAUCUGAGGCUGACAGGUUUCCGGUAGAUGAGACAUUACAAGCAGAACUAUCCCUUAACAAAAAAGCUAACCAGAACAAUUCAUCUUUCCCGCCGCCGGGUGGCAUUAGUAGCCCUAAAGUGGGCCCUUUAGAAGGGGAUAAUUUUCCCGGACGUUAUAGAAGACGUGGUGAUGCAAAUAUGAGAAGAGAACAACAAGGUAAUGUGUGGAGGGCUUCCCGAAACAGGCCAUCCCCACUUAUUCCAAAUAGGUUUAUUCCAUUCCAACACGGGCCACUUCAUGGAGGUUUCCAAUAUAUGAUGCCACUGUUCCCGUCUCCAUCCCUGUUUGGGGUUAGGCCUUCAAUGGAAAUGAGUCAUUCCGGAAUUCCAUAUCACAUGACUAAUGCUGAGAGGUUCUCUGCUCACCUGCGCCCACUCGGGUGGGAGAAUAUGAUGGAUGUCUCUGGUCCUCAUAAGCAUGGUUUCUUCAAAGAUAUGAGUAAUGGUAAUAUCAGGGAUGAAUCAGGCAUGUAUGGGGGAGCUGAGUGGGACCAUAACAGGCGGAUGCAAGGCCAGGGUUGGGAUCCUGCCCCGGAUGCAUGGAAAACACAAAAUGGCCACGUGAGCAUGGAUUUCUCAUCAAUGUCUGUUAAAGAGGAUAAGUCAGCACAAGUUUUCGAGGGUGAUACUCUUGCUGUCCAGACAAGUCACUCCGAAAUUAAGAGGGCCAAAAGCGUUAAAGCAGGAUCGUAUCUAAAAGCUCCAGCAAAAGAGUUGGCUGUGAGUUCUCUGAAAGUUCUGUUCCAAGAGGCAUAUGAGGAUACUGUUGCAGAAACAAUGGACACAGUUGAGCGAUACUGCCGCCGGCACUAUCUCUCUAAGCUUGAUAUAUCAGUUAAACUUACUGAUGCUGAGCUGCAUACUCAAUGCAUGUGGUUAUUGAAGUCUGAUGAAUGUCGUCCAACAAGUGAUGAUGGAAUUGCUGUGUUUGUAAAUCUAAAGGACGGUGGCAAACCAGUGCCAAAAACCCAUUGUUCUUCUUUGACUUCAGUGAUUCCUACCAAAAACAAUGCAGUGUUUCAGAUAGCUAUGGAGCUGUACAAAGAGCAGAGAUAUCAAAUGAAGGGUGUUUCAAGUGUCAAACAUGAGAGGCCUCAAGUCUCUCCUCCCCAUCUUGAGAAUGACACGAAAAUCGAUAUGGAAGCGGACGACACGCUUAUGGAAAUUGGAGAUGCAUCGGAGUUGGAUACAUCUCAAAAGAUGGAGCAGGAAGCUGCAUUGCCUGAAUUGGAAGAGAGAGGUUCACCAGCCAAUCCAGGCAACUCAACUGAGGUCCGGGAAGAUGCAGCCAUGUCAGAAGAUGAAGAUAAGAAGGAUGUUGUGAUAAUUGUGGAGGAUGAUCUGUUUUCAAAUUGUGAAUCUGAUAAGUCAGUAAUAACUCGGAUACAUCAUUGAUAUAUUCUAAUAUUUCCA